UUUAGUUUGUAACCGUUCUCCGUGAAUGCAGCGGUGUCUAUGAGCGGAUUGUAGAAUCUUUAGUGUUUCGAUAAUAAAGUGCAACAGAUGAGUGACAACGUGCCCAGACUUAGCCAAGUUUAUCGGCGCUGUGGCGCCAGCCGGCUUUGGCAUGGGUGGGCGUAGAAUAAUCAAAGCUGCGGCCUUCCUGAUUGCUUUAGGAUAUAGCAGUUUGCUUGUUUAUCAAGGCGGUGUGAAUUUUAACUUCCAAGAAAGUCGGUCAGUGCAAGUGGCCGAUUUAUCUAUUGAACCUGUGACAAAAACCACUAUUUUGGACAGUGGUCAGAAUAAAAAUAUAACUUUGGAUGAUAUUUUUAUAAGUGUAAAAACGACAAAACACUAUCAAAAUACAAGAUUGCCGAUAUUAUUAAAGACAUGGUUCCAGUUGGCAAAAGAGCAGACAUGGUUUUUCACAGACAUAGACAAUCAACAACUACAAAAUCAAACAAACGGUCACAUGGUAAACACGAAGUGCUCGGCGUCGCAUCAGCGAAAACACCUCUGUUGCAAAAUGUCCGUCGAAUAUGACCAUUUUCUGGAAAGCGGUAAAAAGUGGUUCUGUCAUUUCGAUGAUGACAACUACGUGAACAUUCCUCGAUUGGUCAGCGUACUACAGACAUAUAAUCACCAUGAAGAUUGGUAUCUUGGUAGAACGUCUGUCUAUGAACCUGUAAAAAUAUAUAAAAAGCCAACUAGUAAGUUAUUAUUUUCGUUUUGGUUUGCGACUGGCGGGGCUGGUUUUUGUAUCAGCAGAAGUUUAGCUUUAAAGAUGUUGCCAGUGGCGAGUGGCGGAAGAUUCAUCAGUAUCUGUGAAGGUAUUCGGUUGCCAGAUGAUGUAUCCAUGGGGUUUAUUAUAGAACAUCUUAUGAAGAAAAAUUUAACUCGGGUGCCCGAGUUUCAUUCACACUUGGAGCAAAUGAAACUUUUGAUGCCGGAAACAUUCCGGGAUCAAAUAUCCUUCAGUUACUCAAAGUCAAAGACUGGUUGGAACGUCAUAAACGUUCCGGGCUUCGACGCAAGAUAUGAUCCUACUAGAUUUCUCUCACUGCAUUGCUUUCUCUUCCCACAUUUCAAAUUUUGUCCUAGGUAAUACCAAACCAAGAACAUAGUUUUAUAUUUAUAAUAGAAUUUUUCUACAUCGUACAUUUUAUUUUAACAUUCCUAUACAUAGUUUAAAUAUUUACAAAACGAUUUUUUCAUAUAUACGGUGCAAUAACCAUUAUUUCAAAAUUCAUAUAACAAAUUAAGCAAAUGAAAUGUUAUCUGUUGUGAAUAUUAUUUAGAUUGUGAUAUUAAUUUAACAAUCUUAAAUUUUAAAUGUUGUAAAAAAUAUAAUUUGGUUAUUAAAUGUAAAAGAUAUAUAAUAAAUACAUAUGUGUAAUAUUCAAUACUGUCACAAGUGGAGCUAUUCUGCAAGCACAAGCUCCUUACUCUCUGUAAAACAUAACAUUUACAGGUUGCCAUUUACGCUCAAUAAUAGCGUAUCAUUACCCUAAGUCGCUUAUCAUAAUUUCACUAGAUACGAAGUGAGUUCUUGCAGAAUAUUUGCUCGCUGCAAUGACGUGUGUUUUAUAGAAGAUCAUUAUCAUGAUUUGUUUUAUAGAGCCAAGUGUUUAAAUGGGUGAAACGCGUGCAUGCAAAGAAAGAUUUAGACUAAUAUUUAGAAUUUUUAAUUUUGUGCUUCUUAUAAUGCUCUACUUUUAUUGCUCGGUUGUAGAAAUUGUUAUUGUACAUCAAUGCAAAUGCUUUUUGAGCUACAAUUAACGAUUCGUUAAAGUCAUUUGUGAUCGAGAUAGAUGAUUGUACGUUACAUGUAUACACACUACCGUCCGUAAGCAAAACAAAUCGUUUCAUAAAUAUAGUAACUGUACAUAAAAAUUGACGAGUCUCUGGAUGUCUCGUUAUAAUAAAAAGUGACAAUUUUAAAAAUUCUCGAUUUUAGAGUUGAAUGAAUUUGAAGAUCUUAUCUUUGUUAAAAAAAGUAUUUUAACAUCAUUAUGUAGAUGUGUUAUUUUUAUUUUGUGAUGUAUCAUAUAAAUUAUUUAACCAACAAGUCUUCCCAGCAGCGGAAUAUUUAAAUUCUUUUCAUUGUUUUUUUAUGCUUACUGUAUCUAAGACUCUCGCACGUGAAGCUUAUGUUGUAUAAUUUUAUGCCUAAUGAAAAUAAUAACUGUGAUAUUAGAUAGUAUUUAAAUUCUAAGUUGUGUUUAUAGAUAAACUAAUAAUUAUGUAUUUAAAAUUCUUCCAGUCAGAAAUGUUAUGACAUUGUUGGAUUAGGUUGUUUAUUAAAUAAACAAUUGAAAUUUUAAA